UGUUAUUGUUAGUAUUUCACAUCAUUCAUUUACAUAUAUAUAUAUUUAUAUGUAUAUAUGUAUGUAUAAAUAAAUCAAAAAGAAAUAAUUUUUAUCUUCCAGUUGCUGCUAAUGUAGAAGAAUAUUUUCUUGAAUUUGUGACUGUGGCUGCCAUGGAUGAUGAUGAUGCUUUAAGAACCUCAGCUCUUUCCCUUGACAUGGAAUCUUUAGGGCUUGACAGCGACACCCCAGGUUUGAAAACAUACCGUAAUCUGGGGCUUAAAGAAACUUUUAAGCAAAAUCAUGGAAACCCGAAAGUUCUAUCACUUCUUUCUUCACUUCUGGAGAGAUCUGUCCAAAUGAAUGAAACGAUACUUGAGACCACACAAACUAAGGAUGUUCUGACAAUUUUUCAUGGUUCAAGAGCACCAGCUCUUACCAUUAAAGAGUACAUCGAUCGUAUUUUCAAGUACUCGCGUUGCAGCCCGUCAUGUUUUGUUGUUGCACGGGUGUACAUGGAUCGGUUUAUUCAGUACGGAAAUGUCAAUUUGACGUCUCUUAGUGUUCAUCGCCUUCUCAUAACCAGUAUAAUGCUUGCUGCUAAGUUCAUUGACGAUGCAUUUUACAACAAUGCAUAUUACGCAAAAGUGGGAGGAGUAACAACAGCGGAGUUAAACAGAUUGGAGAUGAAGUUCUUAUUCGGCCUGGACUUCCGACUCCAUAGAGAUGUGAAAGAAUAGGCAUUUGACAGUAACUAAAGCAGUCAAGCUGUAAACAAUGGCGAACAGACGAACAAAAUCGAUUCUAGUCUACCAAGUUGCUCAGUCCAAGUCUUGAAAUACAAGACUUGUUCAGUUUGAUUGUCCCGGCUGGGUCUUUCCUCUUUUUUUUAGGUUUUAGUGUAUCUUUAAAAUUUGUAUUGUUAACUAAUUUGAAAUUGUUUUAAAAUAAAAGCCACUUUUUGGAUUUUAAAGACAAAGUCUUCAACAAUUUGAUCUGAUGCAAGAUAUAAGAUCUACUAGCACAGUACCCGUGUGAUGGUGACGGUUACUGGUGAUGAUGGUGGUGGCUGGUAUAAGUAAUUGUUGUAAAAGUAAUUAUCUAUAGGGGUGGUGAAGAUAUUUUAGAAGAUAAUGAAUUUGUGGUGUAUUUCGUUAA